UGAAUGAGCAUACAUACAUUUAAACUUUCCAUAGUGUUGUCAAACAAAAUUAACAGUGCUCGAAUUCCUUUCGGUCGAAUCGGAAGAAGAAGAAGACGAAACGCACAUUUUUUUGGCUACAAAACAGCAGUGCGACGAUAUUGUUAUAAAUUUGGAACAUCGUAGACGAUUUAUUCGGCAAUACAAAAUCAUAAAAUAGCCCUGGCAUUAUAAAUAUGUCGCAGGCACAGAAACGAAACCACAGCAAACAGUCGCAAACAACGACAGCGACCACAAAAGCAGAUGCGGAGGGACCACAGAAAAAAGCAAAGCCCAGCAGUGAGAUCGUAGAAUUCUCAACGCAAGCAUUUCGUAAUGUUGUGGCGGCCACUCGAGCCUGCAAUGCGUUUCCUCAGGGCACGGCACGGGAGCUGUAUCUCACUUAUCCGGAAUAUUCAAAAAUGAUGGACGAGCAGUCGCAACGUGUUAUGGGACUGAUUGGCAAGGUGUUAAGCUCGCAGGAAGUGAAAGGCGCGAGGUCCAUACAACGACGUCAACUGGACGAGCAAACCGAAAUGGUUCAGGAAUGCAAUGAUAUCCUCUUUGAGCGCAUCAGCACCAACUUGGAUCUGAAAAGUGGCCUGCGUCGCAAUCCGCAUGUAAUGCUCGAGACGCAAGUCAGUGUGUUGAACACCGCAGCCGCCUCACCAUCUGCAGUCAGUGGAGCCAAGGAAAAUGGAGCGCCUGGAGCUAAAGUGGACGCCGCAUUGCCGGAACAGACCACAAAUGUGGCGGGCACUCCACGCGCCGGCAGUUGGAAUCGCACACUAAAUAAUACGCCACGUGGCGUGGUUUCCGCGCGACUUUUUGCUGCCAAAAAUAUAAUGCGUCCACAAAUGCAAUUCAAGGUGCCCGUGGACAAUAGCUCGACGACUCCAUUUGUGCCGCGACUGCGUGAGAAGCCGAACUCACUGAAACCUCUGGCGCUGUUGCCCGAGUACGAUGAUGCGGGCAACAUUGCCUCAUAUUUACACCCAUAUGAGUUUGAGCUGCUUAAAUUCGAGCCAAAGCCGGCGCAGCUGGAGAGAAAAAAGCCGGAAUUACCACCAGCCAUGACAGAGACGGAACUAAUGCUCGUGGACAGCGUCGAUAAGUUGGAAGAGGCGUUGGAAGAGCUCCGUCAGGUCUCGGAAAUAGCCAUAGAUGUGGAGCAUCAUUCUUAUCGCACAUUCAUGGGUAUAACAUGUCUCGUUCAAAUGUCUACACGCCACAAGGAUUAUAUUUUUGAUACGUUGACACUGCGUGAUGAUAUGCAUCGGUUAAAUCUGGUGUUAACUGAUCCAAAGGUUGUAAAAAUAUUGCAUGGCGCUGAUCUGGAUAUCGAAUGGCUGCAACGCGAUCUCGCGCUGUAUAUUGUCAAUAUGUUUGAUACGCAUCGUGCGGCCAAGGCAUUGAAUAUGGCGCGUCUAUCUUUAGCCUUUUUGCUCAAGCAUUAUGUUGAUCUGGAUGUGGACAAAAGCUUUCAGUUGGCCGAUUGGCGCAUGCGUCCCUUGCCACCACAGUUAAUCGACUACGCCAGACAGGAUACUCAUUAUUUGAUUUAUAUAUACGAACGUCUCACAAAUGAUUUGCUGGAAUCGGAGCACGGCAAACCGCAGGCCGUGCGUGCCGUCUACCAAAUUAGCAUGGAGGUGUGCAAGAAACGCUACGUCAAGCCACACAUUUCUCAGGACUCCCACUUGGAUUUGGUGCGCAAAACGAAGCGCGCCUUUGACAAUCGCCAGCUGUACGCACUGCAUGGCAUUUUUCAUUGGCGUGAUGCGACUGCCCGACAGGAGGAUGAGAGCUACGGUUACGUGCUGCCCAACCACAUGAUGUUACAGAUCGCGGAGAGUCUGCCCCGGGAAAUGCAGGGCAUCUUGGCCUGCUGUAAUCCCAUACCGCCGUUGGUCCGCCAACAGCUGCACACACUGCAUCAAAUUGUUUUGCGCGCUCGUGAACAGCCGCUGGUCAAACCCAUUCUGGAGACCAGUAGUAUUACGAUUAGGCCAGCUCCGUUGACCAAGGAUUUGAAUAGCAAGUUACAUUGCCCUCACGACUUUUCGCAUCUGGAUGAGACGCCUGACGAUUUGCCCACGCUGCUGAAACGCGACGCUUCGGGCAAGCUGCGACCCACCAAAUUGGAAGCUGUCAAAUGCCAGCCCUUAGCUGCGCCUGCACUGCGUCUGUUUCAAAAGAGCGUCGAGCCUACAGAGGACGAGCAGAAGCGCUGGUGGCGCGCUCAUAAGGAGCGACAAGCCAAGCGCAUGCCCUACAAACGUUAUCUGGCCAUUUUGCCACUCAUGGUGCAGCAAAAGCGCGAGGAGGCCACACGCGCACACAACGAAUUAUUAAAGCGUCGCCUUUGUCCUGCCACUCCAGCGCCGGAUGACAUUAAAUUGGAGCCCAGUACGACUGCAGCAGCUGCUGAGGAUGAUAUGUACAGCAUGCCGCUAAAGGAGCAGCUUAAACGCAAAUACCAAGCCAAGUCGGGCGAGACAAGUGCGCCGAAGCGCGUUAAAAAAGAUGAAGAUACCCAACCACAGACGAAGAUAGAAGUGAAAACUGAAGCACCAGCCGCGCAAAUUGAUGCCCCACCUGCUGCCAUACAAGUCGAUAGCGACACCGAUGACGAUGCCGUGGAAGAGGUUCCCGUCGAAAGACAACCACAGCCCAUGCCAGCAAAGCCCACCACAUCAAAGCAGAAAAAACGCCUUCACAAUCAGCAGAGGUUUAAGGCUAAGACACGUGUGCACAAUCAGAGCUCUAACAUGCCUGUCCAGUUGCCACAACAGCCCAAACGUGAGUCUGUGCCGAACUUUGACUACAAAAACGUGGACUUUAGACAAUUUCGAGGUGGAGCGCAACGCGCUCGCGGAACAGAAAUUAAGCCACAAGUGCAUGGCAAGAAUCGUCCGAACAAUCGUAAUAACAAGCAGUUCAACAAAUUAUUUACAUUCAGCAAUGUAAAGAAGGAUGGGAAGAAGUAGUAGUUCCUUUUUAGGAUUACUCACAACAAAAUAGAUUAAAGUGAUUCGUCUCUCGUAGUUACUUUCUUCUUGUAUAUUUUUUAAACUAACAAGUUGAUGUAUAAAAUAUAACUAUGAUAAUUAACUUGACCUACAUAA